AUGUUCAUCCGAAACAACGGCGGCAUUACUUUGGUAGCCAUUACUGACAUUCACGGUAGUCCAACAGAAACUCCAAUUGUGUUCGAGAUCACCCAAUUGUACCACUUCAAGAAUUUUAUUUUCUACAUAUCGGAGAGACUGGAUCUCAAGAACAAGAACUCCCAGGACUUCUUUUACGACUUCUGGACGACCUUUCCCCUAGCACCGGAUUUGAUCAUAACCCGUGAACACAAUGCAGUCAUACCGAUGGUGCAGUUUAUCAGCACUCCCUCACUGGUCAUGGUCUAUACAACGGAACGUGACGAUCCCAUUAUGGAACUGGCAGCGCAAAGCCAGCGGGGAGUACGCUGGCUCAAGACCAUCUUCAUACUUCAUACCCGCGACUUCGAGGUGAGCUUCGACGCCUUUACACUGCUCUCAAACGAGGUCAAAGGUCUCUACGACUGGAUGUGGAGCAAGCAGUUUAUCAACACAGUGCUGAUUACCAUCAAGAAUAAUGUGUUCUUGCUGGAUCCCUACCCCACACCGUCAGUGGUAAACAAGACAGACUCGUGGCGAGCCGAGGACUUUUUUAAGAAACAUAGCAAGAAUAUGAAGGGCUAUGUGGUCAGGACCCCCAUCCUCUACGACCUCCCACGUGCCUUCAAGUCCGACCGUCCCACCAAUAGCUACGAGAAUAACUUUGUUCACGGUACAAGCGGCAACUUGUUUCUGGGAUUCCUCGAGAUUGUGAACGCCACGAUACUGGACACAAACGUGUCCACGAACUAUCUGAACCUAACGAAUCUCCUAGAUCUGGUGGCUCAGGGCGUAUACGAGACGCUAAUACACUCAUUCACCGAAAUGCUAGGAAGGUACGUGGUCAGCUACAGCUACCCCAUUGGCAUCAACGACUGCUGCCUCAUGGUGCAUUUCCUCAAUCAGUCCCCAACGGAACAGUACAUGCGAGAGGCUCUUCAGGACAACGUUUGGCUUUCGAUAAUUCUGUUCGUCUUCUAUAUAGCCCUGGCCAUCUGGUGGUGCUCGCCCCUGCGGCCGCGCGACUUCAGUGCCGCUCUCCUCCAGUCCAUCUGCACCCUGACCUACAUGGCCGAC